AUGCUAUUUUAUAAGCCUCUGAAUAUAUGCUCUGGGCUUUUGCUACUUUGUAGUAAUGUGGAUGCCCAACAGGCAUCGAAUGCAAAGUUGCCGGAUCCAUUCCACUUCGUCGAUGGUAGUGCCGUCACAUCUAAGAGCCAGUGGGAUACCCGUCGAGAGGAAAUCAACCAGCUCUAUCAAAAUGACGAAGCCGGAACCUUUCCACCAAAGCCAUCGACCUUCUCUGCAACUUUCGCGUCAAACAUUCUCACUAUCACUUGCUCUGAAGGAGGCAAACCAAUUAGUUUCACAGCAUCAAUCAAAUAUCCAUCAUCAGGACAAGUUCCUUACCCCGCUAUCAUUGGCUAUGGCGGGGGUUCCAUCCCAGCACCUGCAGGAGUUGCAAUGAUCAACUACAACAACCUUGACCUAGCUGCUGAUGCCACCACUCGCGGUGGCGGAAAAUUUUACACUCUCUACGGCACAAGCACCACUGCAGGCGCCGAGGCUGCAUGGGCAUGGGGCGCCAGCCGAAUCCUCGACGCCCUCGAGAUAACCCCAGGCGCACGUAUCAACCCAGAGCGAGUCGGAAUAACAGGCUGCUCCCGCUACGGCAAAGGAGCCUUCAUGGCCGGCGCCCUCGAGCCACGCUAUGCCCUCACUAUCCCACAGGAAUCCGGCGUCUCGGGCUCUGGCUGUUGGCGCCUCGCCGCAGACCUGAAUAAGAAUGGGCAGAGCGUCGAGGCGGCCGGGAAUCUCGCCAUGCCCAACACCAACUGGCUUUGCCCGGCCUUCGACACGUUUGCCAAGGCUAUCAAUACUCUGCCCUUCGACCACCACAUGAUUGCUGGUAUGAUUGCACCUCGCGGCCUCUACGUUAUUGACAAUCUGGACUACGUGUGGCUCGGCCCGGAGAGCAAUUUCGGCUGUAUGACCGCUGCGCAGGAAAUCUACAAGAGCUUAGGUGCCACAUCCUCUAUGGGUUAUUCGGCGAUUGGAGGGCACGCACACUGCGCCUUCGACUCACGCCAGCAGUCGGAGCUUACUGCCUUCGUGAACCGAUUCUUGCUCGACAAGGACGUGGAUACCACGGUAAUUAACAAUGGUGGGGGGUUCACGUUUGAUAAGUCGAAAUGGAUUAACUGGACUACUCCGACAUUGACGUGA